UUUUGGAUUAUUACUGAAUGCUGAGUUUAACAAGGACCCAAAGGAUCUAAUACUAGCCCAAGGCCAGGUUCCGAUCGAGAGAGAGAGAGAGAUGAAUAAUUCAACCCAACAAGCAGAAAUACCGCUUCCAAGAAACGACUUAUGUCAUGCUCACAAGAAAGUGGUGAGGUACAAGGAGUGCCACAAGAACCAUGCAGCUGAAAAGGGUGGGAAUGCAACUGAUGGUUGUGGAGAGUUCAUGCCAAAUGGAGAUGAAGGCACCGUUGAAGCCCUAGAGUGCUCAGCCUGCAACUGCCACAGAAAUUUCCACAGGAAAGAGAUUGAAUCUGACUCAUGCUCCUCUCAAUGUUAUCGCACUACUCCAACCAUACUCAACAUCAAUGCUAGGAGAUCACCCAACUGGGCCCAUCAUGAAGAUCAGUACAAUGCAGUUCUGGGGUCAUCCAUUGGGUGCCCUACAAAUACAAUGAUAAUUUCCUACAGAAGUGGGUCGGUCCCCUCAGAAUCGACGGAUGAGAAGGAAGAUGCAUAUGGGAGCUGUCCUGUGGCAAGGCCAGCUGAUAAGGUGAAAAAGAGGUUUAGGACCAAGUUUACGAAAGAGCAGAAGGAAAAGAUGUUGAGCUUUGCAGGAAAGGCUGGUUGGAGAAUGCAGAAGCUAGAAGAAUCUGUUGUGCAGCAGUUCUGCCAAGAGACUGGGAUCAAUAAGAGAGUUCUAAAGGUGUGGAUGCAUAACAACAAACACCACUUUGCAAAGAAAAACUCCACUAGCUAGAUCAAGCAUUCUGAAAAUUUCAUAUUUCAUUCGUAAUUUUUAAGGCUUCCAUGCAUUUCCAAUUAGCCUACUUUAUUAAAUUCCUUUCAUCAUUCAAGAUUUUCUUUAGCUGGCAGCUAGCUAGCGCGUGUCUUACAUGUUUUGAUUUAUGCUAGCUAGGUAGUCUAGCUAGUUUAGUGAUCUAAUAUAUGAAGAUUGUAAGAUCAGCUGUGCUCAUGCUGUAGAUCAUCUUCAUGAUCAUGCUUUGGAAAGUAUUUGAGUUUGUUUCUCUA